AUGCAAUGUUUGAACUUAUGUGAAUUACCUUGGAAAUGGGAAUACUAUACAUGGUCUAAUAAACAACAAGGUGCAAAUAGAGUUUUCAGCAGGAUUGAUAGAGCUAUUGAAAAUGAUGAAUGGAUGAAUACUUUUGGUCAUAUGGAGGUGGACUAUAAAAUGCCUUUUAUCUCAGAUCAUGCACCUAUGAUCAUUACUUUAAGGAGGGUUGAAUCCAGUGGCAAGAUCCCAUUUAAGUUCUUUAAUGUUUGGGCUGAUCAUGAAGAUAUCUUAUUAGUGGUUGAGGGAGUUUGGCAAACACAACUACACUUAGACACCAUGAAAGAUAUCCGGUACAAGUUGAAGGCUCUUAGAUUAGAAUUGAAGCAACUUAAUAACAAUGAGUUCAGAGGAGUAACAACUAAGAUAGAGCAUCUCAGAUACAGGUUGCAGGAUACUAAAGAGCAGCUAAACAGAGGCUACUCUGAUGCAGUAGCAUUAGAGGAGAAAAAGUUACUUGAAGAGCUGAAAAGAUGGUCACUAAUAGAGGAAAACAUCCUUCAGCAAAAAUCCAGAGCUAAGUGGAUAAAGCUUGGUGAUUCUAACACCAAAUAUUUCUCAGUUGUCAUGAAGGAAAGAAGUCAUAAAAAAGUUAUUGCAAAACUUACUAAUGCCUUUGGAGAUAGACUCACUGACCAGAAGGAGUUCCAACAAGAAACAAUUGCCUUCUACAAAUCCCUUAUGGGAUCAAGAUUAGAUCACUUGCCUGCAAUGAACAAAGAGAGAAUGAAAUUGGGACCUGUCUUCACACAUUACCAGCAAGUGAGCCUGUAUGCUGUGGUCACUGACCAAGAAAUAUUUGAAGCUCUGUGUGCAAUUGGAGAUGAUAAAGCACCAGGUGUUGAUGGCUAUAAUGCACUAUUUUUCAAAAGAACUUGA